AUGAGUUUGUUGUUCUUGUUGCUCCUGAUAUCUGCUGAAGUAGAUGUUGUGCAUGGUGGAAUAGACCUUCAAGAUUGCACAGAAAGAAGCUGUAGCACUGACGGCCCUCCCAUCCGGUUCCCAUUUCGGCUUAAAGGCAUGCAACCAGUCCAUUGUGGUUACCCUGGCUUUGAACUUUCGUGCACCCACGAUAACCAGACACUACUACUACUUGAGAUGUCGUCAUCUACUAAGCUAUAUGUUAAAGAGAUUGACUACAGAUCACAGCUCAUUGCAGUGGAUGAUGAAAUCGAAUGCUACCCCAGAGACAUAUUCUACCACAGUUCUUCUCCCUUCAAAUUAGUUGGCAACGCAAGCUUAUUCAGUUGCCCACCAUCAACUGUGAGAGAGAAUAUUACAACAGAAUUCUUAUCAUGUCUGUCAAGAUUGAGCCCUUGCCAUGGUAAUCCAGGCAACCAGCUGAUUUAUGCUAGCAUCACUACAUCUUAUAGAUAUUGUUCUAUGGGUUCUAUUGAUAGAUUACCCCUAGUGUCUUGUACCAAGGUGCAUGACUAUUCAGGUCCUGCAGUCACAUCUAAUUACCCAGAAUAUUAUUUCUCUCAUUCUCCACUGUAUUAUCGUGCACUGUAUCUUUACUGGUCCAAACCUUCGUGUCAACAAUGUGAAGAGAUGGACAAGCUAUGUAGCCUGAAGAAUGAAUUCACAAAUCAGACAGAUCCCCAAACUCAAUGCUUGGAUGUACCCAAAGCCAAAGGUUCUUGCACACUUUCUGUUAUUCUUAUAGUGACGGGAGCGACAAUCUACUAUGUCUACAGCUCUGUCAAAAGAGAAGAAGAAAAUCAACUGAGAAUUAAAAUAUUCUUGGAUGAAUACAGAGCUCUUAAGCCAAGCAGAUAUACUUACGCAGAUAUUAAAAGGAUAACAGAGCAUUUUAAAGAGAAACUGGGUCAAGGGGCCUAUGGAACUGUAUUUAAAGGUAGGCUUUCCUCUGAAUUACUUGUUGCUGUGAAAAUCCUCAACAAUUCCAAUGAGAAAGGAGAAGAUUUUAUAAACGAAGUAGGCACGAUGGGUCAAAUACACCAUGUCAAUGUGGUACGCUUGAUUGGUUACUGCGCUGACGGAUUUAUACGAGCUCUUGUUUAUGAGUUCUUACCAAAUGGUCCACUCCAGAAUUUCUUAUCAUCAGCAGAUAAUGAGAAUUCGUUCCUUGGUUGGGAAAAGUUGCAAGAUAUUGCUUUAGGUAUAGCCAAAGGUAUUGAAUAUCUUCACCAAGGUUGUGAACAACAAAUCCUCCACUUUGACAUCAAGCCCCAUAAUGUGUUGCUAGACCAUGAUUUCACUCCAAAAGUUUCCGAUUUUGGUUUGGCAAAGUUGUGCUCAAAGGAUCAAAGCGAAGUGUCCAUGACUGCAGCGAGGGGAACCAUGGGCUAUAUCGCUCCAGAAGUCUACUCCAGAAACUUUGGUAACGUGUCAUACAAGGCAGAUGUCUAUAGUUUUGGAACAUUGCUUCUUGAAAUGGUUGGAGGGAGAAAGAAUUUUAAGGUCAUGGAAGACUCGAGCAGCCAAGUCUACUUCCCAGAAUGGAUCUAUAAUCUGCUAGAACAAGGGAACGACCUUCGCAUCCAUGUUGGGGACGAAGGAAACGUUGGAAUUGCUAGGAAACUUGCAAUUGUGGGUCUUUGGUGCAUCCAAUGGCAUCCAAUAGACCGUCCUUCCAUGAAAACUGUAGUUCAAAUGUUGGAAAAGGAAGGUGACAAUCUGACCAUGCCUCCUAAUCCUUUUGCCUCUACUUCAUCGUCGAGUUGA